AUGCCACUCUACGCCUCAGUGCACGUCUCCCCCUCAAUCCCGUGGACCGCACCCAGCGGCAAACCGGGCGGGCCGUGGUCGCCGAUCGCGUGCACGCUGAUCCACACAGCUUCGCACGCGGUGCUUGUCGACACGCCCAUCACGGUGUCGCAGACCUCGGCGCUGAUUGCCUGGAUCGAGCAGACGCUGCAACCGGGCGCGAAGCUGGCGUACAUCUACAUCACGCACGGCCACGGCGACCACUGGUUCGGGCUGAACAUGCUGCUGCAGCGCUUCCCGGGCGCGCGCGCGGUGGCCACGCGCGGCACCAUCGCGCACAUGGAGGGCCAGAUCGCGCCGGCCGCGUUCAAGGCCAUGUGGGCGUCGCGUUUCCCAGGCCAGAUCGACACGGCGUUCCGGCUCGCGGAGCCGCUGCCGGAGACGGGCGCGUUCUACCUGCCCUUCUCUGACGAGGGGGAAGAAUCAGAAAAAGACAGGCCAAGCGAUCCAGAGGGCUACAAGUUCCAGGCCGUCGAGGUCGGACACACGGACACGCACUCGUCGACGGUGCUGUUCGUGCCGCACCUCCGGCUCGUGGCCGCCGGCGACGUCGUCUACGGCGACGUGCACUGCAUGCUCGGCGAGGCCAGCACGCACGCGCUGCGCAUGGAAUGGGUGCGCGCCGUCGAGACCAUCCAAUCCUUGACGCCGCGGCCCGAGGUCGUGGUGCCGGGCCACGUCAAGCCGCACGAGCUAUGCGGUGCCUGGCACCUGGAGCGCACGAGGCGGUACAUCCAGGACUUUGACGCGCUGGUCGAGGGCGGCCAGGUCGCGACUGCCCGCGAUCUCGUCGCCCGCAUGAAGCAGCGAUGGCCCACGCGCUUCAACGACGGGGCUUUGAUCGUUGGCGCCAUCAAUGCGUUCAAAGUCAAAGAGAAGACAGAGCAGCAACAAAAGGCCAAGGGCGGGAAGAUGUGA